AUGCAGCAUCUAGCCGAGACCAACACAUUCUGUGUCAAAUGGGCGCACGGCGAGCUGGAUCUAGUCUCCUCGGACUUUGCGCAGCAUAUCCGGUCUCUGAAGAUCCAAUGGAAUGCCUACGACAGCGACAGUCACGCGAACAUGGACCUCRUCAAAAGCUGUCCGAGAUUGAGAGCACUUCGGGUCGUCAUCCGGACCAGCACGCUGUUCUACAGUGAGUCCCACUCUGCGGAUCGCUGGGAGGAUAUGGUGGGCCAGGAUCUCAAGCACACGUCGAUUGUAAGAUCCUUGUCUCUGGUGCGCGGUAUCGAGGAUUUCUCCUUGGUCUACGAAGAACCACAAAAGCCGCCCUUGCACCAGGCCAUCGACAUCUCCGUAUACGUUUCUUCGUGGCUUAUGGCUAAGACGGAUGCAAAAGCCAAGCGGCUCCGAGCAAGUUUGGAGGAGACCUUGCGCGAAACAGUGACAGGGCCGAAGCAGCUGAUUGUGCGGAAGCCAGUCGGGCAGGAAGGCGAUGCUUUAAAUGCACGCUCCAGAUUCCCUGGGGAAGCCAAGRAGGGUGUGAAGUAUGGGUUUUAG